CUGCACAUUUAUCCUUCUCGAUGACACCCCAAUCCUACUGGGCCCACCCACCUCACCCCACCCCACCAGGCCAUCACAGUCCACGAGCACAAGCAUGCUAGCCGCCAGGACCCCUGUCUCGCUCUCGCUCCACCACCGCAUCGUCGCCGGCGGCCACCGGGGGCGAUGCGUCGGGGGCAGCCAAAGGAGGCGCGGUGGCGCGCCGUGCCGCCAGUUCACCCAGGCGCUCCAGAGCCUCUGGAGGCACAGUCCCCCGAUCCCUCCUCCUGCGCCUCCCGCUGCCGGCGCUGCCACCAGCGGCGAGGCCGAACCCUCGCGGCAGCCGCCGGUACUCGAGAACGCUGCCUUCGAGGAGUACUAUAAGGUUCAGCAAAUUGUCCGCGAGGAGGAGUGGGAUGCCUUCAUGAGUGUUCUACGGAAACCAUUACCAGCGACUUUUAGAAUCAAUGCCUGUUGCCAGUUUUAUAAAGAUAUCUGUUCAAAGUUAGAAAAUGAAUUUAGGCGAUCUUUGGAGAGUGAGGUCAGUGAUAUGCAUGGAGAAGAUGCUAUAACUCCCUUGCCUUGGUAUCCAUGCAGUCUUGCAUGGCACCUGAAUUUCUCCCGGAAGGAAUUGAGGAAAAAUCAGGCACUCGAAAGUUUUCAUGAGUUUCUGAAGCAUGAGAGUGAGGUUGGUAACAUAACUAGACAAGAGGCUGUUAGCAUGGUUCCACCACUGUUUCUGAAUGUACAACCUGAUCACCAUAUUCUUGAUAUGUGUGCUGCUCCAGGCUCUAAAACUUUUCAGUUACUUGAGAUGAUUCACCAAUCAAAAGAACUAGGUCUACUUCCAGGAGCAUUGGUGAUAGCCAACGAUCUCAAUAUGCGAAGAUGUGACCUCCUUAUCCAUAAUACAAAGAGAAUGUGCACCGCCAACCUAAUAGUAACAAACCAUGGAGCAGAAAACUUCCCCUAUUGUUCUCUUGCAAAGGAUUGUUCAGGUUCAUAUAAAGAUCCCUGCAAACUACAAAAGCUAGAAUUCGACCGCAUACUUUGUGAUGUUCCGUGUAGUGGUGAUGGGACUAUUCGCAAGGGUCAUGACAUGUGGAGAAAGUGGAACUCAGGCAUGGGUAACCAACUUCAUCUUCUGCAAGUAAAUAUUGCAAUGCGUGGUAUUGCGUUACUUAAAGUGGGUGGAAGGAUGGUCUAUUCGACUUGUUCAUUGAAUCCUGUUGAAAAUGAAGCUGUCAUAGCUGAGCUCCUUCGAAGAAGUGGAAACUCUGUUGAACUCCUUGAUGUUUCUAGCGAGCUACCUGAAUUGGUUCGGCGUCCUGGGCUUAGCACUUGGAAGGUACAAGAUCGAGAAUCUUGGUUUCAGAGUCACGAUGAAGUUCCACACAAUAGGAAGAAUGUAGUAUUUCCAAGCAUGUUUCCUGCAAGUAAUAGCACCGAGGAAAGCCAUACCGUGUGUGGUGAUGUUGAAGUGAACAUAAAUAAUAUGAACAGCUUCUCAAGAAAUAUCAACAUUGAAGAAACAAGCAAACUUAAUCAAGAUAUGGAUGGAGUUUCUGUUAGUCCCACUAAAAUUUUGGAAUGCACUUCUAACAUUGUGAGUUCAAAGUUUCCACUGCAUCGGUGCAUGAGGAUUGUUCCUCAUGACCAGAACAGCGGGGCAUUUUUCAUCGCAGUUCUUCACAAAUUAUCGCCCUUGAAUGGCAGUCAGAUAAAGGAUACUAAAAUUCAGCACAGACUUGGGACAGACAGAACUAUACAGUUCCAGAAAGAGCCCAAGCCAGAAACACGACCCUAUGAAACUACUUUGACACGCCGUCAGCACAAUGUUUCUGAAGUUGAUGAUACUGAAGUGCUUGGUAGGGGACAGAAAUUAGGCACAGACAGCCAAACUUCAAAGGAUAAGAACUCAAGCGAGGUCGAAAUAGUUAGCAUUCUAGCAGAGUCAGGAGAUAGAAUGGAGUUGCAAAAGCAAAGCAGGUGGGAAGGGGUUGAUCCUGUCUUAGUUUUGAACGAUGAAGCGGUGAUAAAGAGUAUACAAUCCUUCUUUGGCAUCAAGGAAUCAUUCCCACUCGAAGGUCAUCUGGUGACUAGAAGUCCUGAUAAUGCAAGGAGAAUAUAUUACGUAUCAAAAUCAGUUAAAGAGAUUUUGGAGCUGAAUUCAAAAGUUGGUGGGCAGCUGAAGAUAGCUUCACUUGGUGUUAAAAUGUUUGAAAGGCAUAGAUCAAAGGAUCCCUGUCCAUGUGCAUAUAGGUUGUCUUAUGAUGGAUUAUCGCUGGUGCUUCCAUCCAUCAGCAAGAGGAUACUAUAUGCAUCCGCACUCGAGUUCCACCGCCUUGUACAGUACCGAAGCAUAAGCUUUGCUCAUUUUACCGACACCAGAUUCGGGGAGCAGGCUGCGUCCUUGACGCCUGGUUGCUGUGUUGUAGUGUUACUCGAAGGGAAUAGGCGUGUAGAUUCCAUUUGUAAGGAUCCCUCCACAAUUGCCGUUGUUUGCUGGAGAGGGAAGGGGACCAUUAACGUUAUGGUUUCUCCCUCGGAUAGGAAGGAUCUCCUUGAAAGGAUGGCGUAUCGAUUUGGAUGAUGGAUGGGAUAAAGGUGGGAGCAUAUCCUGUACGCAAAGAAGUCAUGUGCUCCCAGGCACAAAAUGCAUCCAGCCGAUCCGUUCUGUAUCUAACGGUGUUAUGACAUUUUUGCAAAUAAGUCUUCCCACGCUUCCCACAUUAGUGUUGUUCAUUAAAAAAACCCCGGUACGCCCCUUCUCCCCAAACAGCAGGCAAACGCAUCCCAACGCUAGUGCUGUUCUAUUUAUAUGUGUUAAUGUUAUCCAAAUAAAGCCUCAGUAUUUUGCUUUUGAAUGUAAACUGAGCUACUAUAUUUUCUGAAUGUUGCUGCCUUAGGGCAUCACCAAGAGACUAGUUAAAUGUUGCUGCUGUUUGGAAAGAAGGGGUGUCGGAUUUUUUUUGAAAAAAAAGAACAUCACUUAGCGUGGGGAGCGUGGGUAGUGGAAGACCUUAUUUGUAAAAAGACCACAACACCGUUGAAUAUUGGACCGAUGGGUUGGAUGCAUUUUGCGCAUGGAAGCACCGGCAUCCUUUGCGUACAGGAUAUGCUCCACUGCUCCUUUAUAUGAACGAGUGGAUGGCAACCGAUUGAGUAAUUAACUUCCAAUCGUAAAAAAAAGCAGCAGAGACCAUUACUUUGAGACGACUGUUAAUAGGCGGUCUUAAAUAUUCUCCACGGAAUUUCAUGGCUACAGGGAUAGGAUGGUGAUAGUGAGGGUGUGACAGGCCACAAGCAGCAGCAGAGACAAUUGUCAAUGACGCUUUAUAUUUUUCCGUAUGGAUAUAAAUAGAGAUUCGGGGUGAAGACUGUCAGAUCAAGCAGGACCACGACUAGAUCUGAAAAUUUGGGCUGACCAUUUUGGGUCGUCCACGGCCUAAAAAUAGAACCUCAAAAAAACAUGGCCCGACAUGUCUCAAAUUAUUGUGCUGUGACUCAACACGAUUAGAUGGCCUACGCUGAGGCUGGCACACCAA